CAGUAGCCAUGUUGGGUUAUGGUACUGAAGAUAACAGUCCAGUGCUUGAACUGACAUAUAACUAUGGGAUCAACGAUUAUGACAAAGGAAAUGGUUAUGCUCAGAUAGCAAUAGGCACAGACGAUGUUUAUAAAAGCGCAGAAGCAGUUAGACUCUCUGGAGGAAAAAUUAUUCUUGAACCUGGUCCCUUGCCAGGUAUCAACACCAAGAUAACUGCUUGCUUAGAUCCUGAUGGCUGGAAAUCGGUUUUUGUUGACAAUGUUGAUUUUCUAAAGGAAUUAGAAUGAAUAACAGCAUCAAUACCACAUCUCUAAAUGAGACUGUUGAACAUUUGUGACAAAUUUGACCAUAGAUUAUUCCAAUCUGCCAAUCUUAGAAAUAUUGAAGCAGCUCAUGAGUGAACAUACACCAUCCCAAUUUGCAGAUACAUCACUUUGUACAAGCCAACAGUUUUCAGUGCUACCCUUGCUACCCAUAUUUAUAUCUAGGAUUUUAAGAUAGUAGGUGCAUAUCGAUUGCUGUGAAAAGUUAACAAUUUAGUCUUGCAUCAAUAUAAAUUGUAACCUUUCAAAAAUUAUGUUGGUAUUAGAUCCAACAUAUUCUGAAUCCCUUCGGUCCACAUAUGCUUGUCCCUUUUACUUCUGCAUUC